AUGACAAGCGAAGCUCCCUGUCCACAAGGCGAAAGCCUCCAGGUUUUUAAGGGGACCUUUAUCCAUGCCACUCACACUUCCCCAAUGGAAACGCUUACCCCUCGUAUCCUGGGAGUUAACAGGACGGGAAAGAUUGUUUUCAUCGAGAACACUGAUAAAGAGGAAGAGUUAUCCCAAGCAUGGCAUUUCCAGAAAGAGAACAUCAGAGUACUUCAAGAAAGGGAGGAAUUCUUUAUUCCAGGGCUAGUUGACACACACAUCCAUGCAUCACAAUAUCCCAACAUGGGAACCUGCUUGGAUCUACCACUUCUUGAAUGGCUGGUCAGAUAUACAUUUCCUGUUGAAUCCAAAUUCAAAGACCCAAAGUUUACAGAGGAUGUCUACACUAAACUAGUGAAAAGAACUCUGAGAAAUGGCACUACCACUGCAUGUUAUUUUGCAACCAUUCACACCGAAUCAACUUUAAAGCUUUGCAGCAUCAUAGAUAAUUUGGGCCAGCGUGCUUUUGUAGGUAAAGUCUGUAUGGACCUUAAUGACUUGUUUCCUGAGUACAAGGAAAAGUUGUGCGAAGCUGUGGUUGAGACAAAAAGAUUUGUUGCUGAACUAACCGGGCGGAAGUAUCCUCUGGUAAAACCCAUUGUGACUCCUCGUUUUGUGCCUAGCUGCACUUCUGAAUUAAUGCAACAGUUGGGGGCAUAUGCAAGCUCUGAGGGUUUGCAUAUUCAGAGUCACAUAAGUGAGUGCCGUCCCGAAGUGGAGCUUGUGAAGAGUUUGUUUCCAGAAUGCAAGAAUUAUACUGAUGUUUACGACAGACACAGCCUCUUGAAUGAUAAGACAAUCAUGGCACAUGGAGUAUACCUCUCCAAUGAUGAGCUAAAAGUCUUCCAAAAAAAAGGAGCAGCCGUUUCACACUGUCCAAAUUCAAACACCUCACUUGUCAGUGGCUUAUUUGAUGUCCGAAAUGCUUUGAAUCACCAAGUGAAAAUAGGACUAGGAACUGAUGUUUCAGGUGGUUACUCUCCGUCUGUACUUAAUGCCAUGCGAGCUGCAAUUGAUGUGACCAACAUUCUGGGCUUUCAAUCUUCCAAUUAUGAAAGGCUUACACACCAGGAAAUAUUUAGGCUCGCUACUCUUGGUGGCAGUCAAGCUUUGGGCCUUGAUAACGUGACGGGUAACUUUGAGGUAGGGAAGGACUUUGAUGCAAUCCUUGUCAACACCAAUGUCCCAAAUAGUCCAUUUGAUGUAUUCACUGAUGACACACAGGAGGAUAUUUUCCAGAAGUUCUUGAACUUAGGAGAUGACCGGAACAUGGUGGAAGUAUAUGUGGCUGGCAAGAAAGUGGUGCCUUUCCCAAAUGCCUAG